UUCACUUCUGCUCACUCGGGCGACAAGGAUUGGAGGCCAUAGGUGGGAACCAGAGAGCAAAAAGUUCACUUCACACCACAGUGUGCCAAGAGAAGGGGAACACACAUACUCUGGAGCUCUUACUGUGUGCUGACAGUCAACCAUGGGUGACUGGAGCUUUUUGGGCAACAUCCUUGAAGAAGUAAAUGAGCAUUCAACGGUAAUCGGUAGGGUGUGGCUCACGGUCCUCUUCAUCUUCCGAAUCCUCAUCCUGGGCACGGCCGCCGAGUUCGUGUGGGGUGACGAGCAAUCGGAUUACGUGUGCAACACGCAGCAGCCGGGUUGCGAGAAUGUUUGCUACGACGAGGCCUUCCCCAUCUCGCACAUUCGUCUGUGGGUGCUCCAGAUCAUCUUCGUUUCCACGCCUUCUUUGGUGUACGUGGGCCAUGCUGUCCACCAUGUACACAUGGAGGAGAAGCGAAAGGAACGGGAGGAGGCUGAGCUCAACAGGCAGCAAGAGAUAAAUGAGGAGAGGCUGCCGAUCGCGCCCGAUCAGGGAAGCGUCCGCACGGCCAAGGAGACGAGCACAAAAGGCAGCAAGAAGUUUCGUCUGGAGGGCACUCUCUUGAGGACCUAUAUCUGCCACAUUAUCUUCAAGACUCUCUUUGAGGUAGGCUUUGUGGUGGGCCAGUAUUUCUUGUACGGCUUCCGAAUCCUGCCGCUCUACAAGUGCAGCCGUUGGCCGUGCCCAAACACAGUCGACUGCUUUGUCUCGAGGCCUACAGAGAAAACAGUGUUCAUUAUCUUCAUGUUAGCCGUGGCCUGCGUCUCGCUUUUCCUCAACUUUGUGGAAAUCAGCCAUUUGGGCCUGAAAAAGAUCCACUUUGUGUUCCGUAAACCAGUGGGGCCGCAAGUUGAGGGUCCAGGGGCGGCCGAGAAGGCCUUGCCUUCCAUAGCUUCCUCCUCAAUCCAGAAAGCCAAAGGCUACAAGUUGCUGGAGGAGGACAGAGCCACGUCACACUUCUUCCCCUUGACUGAGUUAGGGGGAAUGGAGGCUGGCCGGCUUCCGGCUCCGUACAAGCCAUUUGAGGAGAAAACGGACGAGUCGACCGCACCUAAGAAAGAAGUGUCUAAGGUGUAUGACGAAACGCUGCCUUCCUACGCCCAGACAACUGUGAUAGGACCAAGCGCUGCGGCAGGAGUUGUACGCAGGGAUGAAUACGAGGAUGAGUUGGCCGUUGAAGCAGAUGUGGAAGCCAGCGAGACGAUAGAAGACACGCGGCCGCUCAGCAGCCUGAGCAAGGCCAGCAGUCGGGCAAGGUCAGAUGACUUGACGGUAUAAAUAAUAUAGAACUGGAUUAGAAGUGCCGCAGUACCAACUGUAGUAUUGGAAAAAGCAUAGAAAGUAAAAACGAGAGCCUCUCUGCAACUGCGGCGACGCUUAUAAUACCAGCUCUUUAUUUCGAGCAAGAACACGAUUUAAAAAAAAUAAUGCUGUGCAAUUUUCAUUCGGAAACCUGAGAGCUUGAUUAGUUUUUUUUUUUUAAUACAGCAGUAUUUUUUGUACUGUUUUUAUCAAAAAGUUAACAAACCAAAGUUAGACAUCUGCAGCAGCUAGAUCUGCGUAGGGGAGGAGUUGGGAUUUAGCAAAAUAUGUGCUGUCUUUUCUAUCCAGAAUUUUACUCGAAGGUAAGAUUCUGAUGUUUACAUUUUCGGACUAGCCAUUAGCUGAAUGUUAUAUGUGAUAUUUUGUUAUUAUUAAGAUAAGAAAACUAUCAGGGCAUCAUCCUUUUCACCUCAAUAAGUUCAACCAUACAUGAUGAUAAAUACUCAAUCAAGCUUAUUGAUUUGUAUGUGAAUAGUACUGUAAUGGAUAUGUUUGAGGUGAAACAAAUGCUGAUAGUUGCACAUGUCGUUCAUAGUAGCAAAAUAUAAAGUAUUUAUUAAAAGAUAUACGUUUAACAUAACACCUUAUUUCUGGACUUACAUUAAGAGUCUCUGGAUUUCAUAAACUGUAGGGUAGAGCGUAUCUAGCGAUAACUGUAAUAAUUACAUUAGCCAUAGAAAAGAUUGUAGGCCACAUUCUUUCUUGUAUCUCUGCACAUACAGCCAUGAUGAUGAUGAUAAAGAUCACGCCCAAUCAGCACAAAGUAUUGUUCAGCAAGAGACAAUAAAACAACAUUGCAUGACAUGUCACCGCAGACAGUCUGACAUCCUUCAUGUUUUGGAAACAACAUUUUC